CGCGGGGCGCGCGCCAUGGCCGCCUCCCCCGGCUCGGGGAGCGCCAACCCGCGGAAGUUCAGUGAGAAGAUCGCGCUGCACACGCAGCGGCAGGCCGAGGAGACGCGGGCCUUCGAGCAGCUCAUGACCGACCUCACCCUGUCGCGGGUUCAGUUUCAGAAGCUUCAGCAACUGCGCCUUACACAGUACCACGGGGGAUCCUUACCUAACGUGAGCCAGCUGCGGAGCAGCACAUCAGAGUUUCAGCCGUCAUUUCAUCAAGCUGAUACUGUCCGUGGAACCCGCCACCAUGGGCUGGUGGAGAGGCCAGCCCGGAACCGGUUCCACCCACUUCACCGCAGGUCUGGGGACAAGCCCGGGAGACAAUUCGAUGGAAACACUUUUGCAGCUAGUUACUCUUCACAGCCCCUGGAUGAGAGUUGGCCAAGGCAACAACCUCCUUGGAAAGAAGAAAAGCAUCCUGGAUUCAGGCUAGCAUCUGCACUUAACAGGACCAAUUCUGAUUCUGCUCUUCACACGAGUGCUCUGAGCACCAAGCCCCAGGACCCCUAUGGAGGAGGCGGCCAGUCAGCCUGGCCUGCCCCAUACAUGGGUUUCUGUGAUGGUGAAAAUGAUGGCCAUGUGGAAGCAGCACCCUUCCGUGGCCCACUGAAGGAAGAGAAUCUGUUAAAUGUCCCAAAGCCACUGCCUAGACAACUGUGGGAGACCAAGGAGAUCCAGUCCCUGUCUGGGCGCCCACGAUCCUGUGAUGUUGGGGGUGGUAGUGCUUUUCCACAUAAUGGCCAAAACAUAGGCCUCUCACCGUUCCUGGGGACCCUGAACACUGGAGGGUCACUACCAGAUCUCACCAACCUCCACUACUCAGCGCCCACGCCGGCCUCCCUGGACACCAGUGACCACCUCUUUGGUAGCAUGAGUGUGGGGAACAGUGUGGGCAACCUGCCAGCUGCUAUGACUCACCUGGGCAUAAGGAACUCCUCUGGUCUCCAGAGUUCUCGAAGUAACCCGUCCAUCCAAGCCACACUCAAUAAGAUCACGCUGUCCUCGUCCCUCAACAGCCACCCACAGACGUCCACGGCCAGCGCAUCGGCUCUUCACCCCUCGCUCCGUCUCUUCUCACUUAGCAACCCGUCUCUUUCCAGCACAAACCUGAGUGGCCCCUCCCGGCGCAGGCAGCCUCCCGUCAGCCCCCUCACACUCUCUCCUGGCCCUGAAGCCCAUCAAGGUUUCAGCAGACAGCUCUCUGCAACCAGCCCCCUGAACCCCUAUCCCGCCUCCCAGAUGAUGUCCUCAGAGCAGAGCCCACUUUCCUUCCUGCCUGCAGAUGCUCAAGCCCAAGUGUCCCCACCGCCCCCUUAUCCCACACCCCAGGAGCUGCCUCAACCACUCCUGCAGCAGCCUCGUGCCCAGGAGCCCCCUGCUCAGCAGCCCCAGGCAGCCCCCUCCUUGCCACAGUCAGAUUUUCAACUCCUCGCUGCCCAGGGCUCAUCUCUGACCAACUUCUUCCCAGAUGUGGGCUUUGACCAACAGCCCAUGAGGCCCGGCCCUGCCUUCCCUCAACAGGUGCCUUUGGUGCAGCAGAGCCACCGAGAACAGGACGCGUGUCACUUGAGACCAAAUCUGUAUUCCAACUGUGGGAACUUUCCGAACCCCAUCCUGACAGAAGAGACAAGCACCAGCCUGUUCAAAGGCCUUAGUGGGGGGCUGUCGGGCAUGCCUGAGGUCAGCCUGGACAUGGAUACUCCGUUCCCACUGGAAGAGGAGCUGCAGAUCGAACCCUUGAGCCUGGAUGGACUCAGCAUGUUAAGUGACUCCAGCAUGGGCCUGCUGGACCCCUCUGUGGAGGAGACAUUUCGAGCUGACCGGCUAUGAGCGAAAGACUGUGGAAGAGGGGACGGAAGUGGCCAGAGCAAGCUAGAGUGGAGCCAGCAAACAGCAUGAUGCUUGUCACAAACAUG